AUGUCGCAGACCACGAAAACCGUUCAGGCAAUCUUCUCCCUCCACCUAGCCACUUCUGGCCUUGCCUUCAUCUUGCUGGUUGCCUCAGCUCUGCUGCUCGCCCGCCAGUUUGCUGGCGGGCCUGGUCGCCCGAGUUUCAUGAGGAAGGCAUUUGGGGCCAUACGCAAGAAGCACUCGAGCCUGGGUACUCAUCUGUUCCUCAUGUCAGCACUUUCUUCCCUCAUUAUCGCAUACGCAGCGCAAUCCGCCAUCGUCGUUCUCCAGGUUAUGGUCGAUUCGCCAGUUGAUAUCACAUCCGCCUAUGCGUACCAAGCCCACCUUGCCCAACCGGUCAACUCCUUCGGCACAUCGCAGGGACGCAUGAUCUCGAUCCUUUCGUUCGUCUACCAGUUGGCCAGCAUCUUGACAAACUUCAGCAUCAUCGGAGCCAUCUGGCUUCACGCAAACCACAUGGAGGAGAAUGCAACAGGCCUGAAGUGCCCUGGUUUCAUCUCAUGGAUCUGGAACUUGUUCUGGCUUGCUGCUGUGCUUGGCCUUGGUGUUGCAUCGUGGGCACUGGGAAUGCAGAGACGUGGUAACCACAACGAAGCGUAUUCGUAUUCGUCCCUCGUCCACACGGACUUUAUGGUUCGCACACUCUAUGUCGCUUACAUCGCGGUUGUCAUCACUGCGUCCACGAGCGCCACUCUCGAAGCCGUCCUCUGCUGGAUCGGCACCAAGAAGAACGGACUCACAACCGAAUCCCACGCCAGGUCCACACUCUCCCGCUUCGUCUUCCUCGUGGUCCCCGUCGUCUGGGCACGCAACGGCUUCAGCAUCGCCCAAGCCGUCGUCAUCUACAAGAACGCCGCCAGCUGGUCUGCGAACACCAACCGUGCCGUCGCCUUCCUGUUCAUCAUCUUCGGCGAACUCGCUCAGUUGGCUAUCCUUUUCCUCGUUCUCUACGCUGCUUGGUCCUACGGCAGGAAGCCUGUCGACACUCACGUUGCUACCAAGGAGGCUCGUGAUUCGGACUCGUAUUACGCUCGUGAGGAGAUGCGCGUCGUAUGA